AUGAAGUCUGUGUGCCAGGUCGGGCCCGUGUGUGCCCUGACCGUUUUUGUGGACAGGUUCUUGUUUGCCGGCGAGGGACCGAACUUGGUGGUGUACGAGAUAGCCAGUGGCAGGCAGAUCGCGUGCCGGCCGGUCUUUCCCCGCAACAAGAUCCAUGGAAUCAGUGUUUUUGGCCCAGAUCUGCACUCGGCUCAGCUCUGUGUGUGGGGCGGCCGGUCGCUGGCUAUAUUUGCGUGGCGGCAGCUGCUGGAAGGAGACUUUGAUCAACUGACGAUUGGCGACUGGAUCAAGAACGCACAGUUCUCGCUGGACGGCGCCGUGGUGUACUGUCUGCACUCUCACAACGUCGUGGCAGCCGUCGACGUGGCCAGACUACGGCUUCUGGAAACGCGCGAUUGCGGCGAGAAAAGCAUACUGUACACGGGGUGUCUCCGAGUGCUGCCCGACAGGGUGCUGGUGUGUGCAGGGACCGUCAUGGACGGCAUUCUUGUGUGGAGCUACGACGACUGCCAGGUGGUGCACAGACUGCGGGGCCACAUGGGCUCGAUUUUCGGGUUGUGCACGAGCGCCGACGGACGCUGGCUCGUCAGCUGCUCGGACGACCGGUCGAUCAGGGUGUGGGAUGUGUGCUCGGGCGAGCAGGUGGCUACCGGCUGGGGCCAUGGCUCCCGGAUUUGGUGGCUGCGCAUCUACGCGGAGGCAGAGGGCGAAUUCGGUGUUCUCAGCGGCUCUGAGGACCUGACGUGCCGCACGUGGCGGUUCGAGCAGGGCAGCGCGGCGCUGGAGCCGGUCGGUGUGUUUGAGACGCACACUGGUCGCAACGUCUGGAGUGGCGCAGUGUGCGAUGCUCUGGGGCUGGGGUUCAGUGGCGGUGCAGACGGUGCAAUCACGGUCAGCGAUCUGGCCGAGCCGCGGCGCGAGGGGGCCGUCAGCACGGCGUGGACGCUGGCGCAGAUCGCCGAGCAGACGGGCGCGGCGUUCGCACGUGACGAGAUCGUCAAGGAGUACUACGACACGGGUACGGAGCUGGUAGCUGCUACCAGCGGCGGGAAGGUGCUGCGGCUGCGGAGCGGUUUGUGGGAGCUGGUUGUGGCGGAUACGCGGUUUGAGAAGUUCUCGCUGGUGCGUGGGUUUGACACUGGCGUUGUGCUGAUUGCGAACAAGACGGGCGAUCUGCUGAUUUUGCAGAAUGGUAGCAUGGCGGAGCAGAAAAUCAGGUUUGAGCGCGGCGUGCUGAGCAACGUGCUGACAGUGACGAGAGACGGCCGGCAGUUUGUUCUGGCCGAGAGCGUGCUGGAGGAGCCGCUGGUGUUGCUGGAAAUUGCGGAAACGGGCGUUGUUUCCGAGCGCAGACUGAGCAAGCCGGCGGGGAAGUUUGCGAUGAGCGCGUUUGACGUGGACGUGGCGUCCGGCGCGGUGGUUGUGGGGUCGCGGUUUGCAACCCUGGCUGCUUUUCCGGGCGACGAGCAGCCCGCCGAGCCCCGUGUGUGGCGCAACUUCCUCAAAGGUGACACCGUCUCCAGCGUUGAGAUUCUGGACUCUGCGUCGCUCGAGACGCUCGUGGUGAUGAAGGACCGCGAGUACGGGGUUGUGCGGUGUGCGGGGCAGCUGCAACUGCUGCAGACAAACCGGCUCCAGCGCGGGUUUCUCGAAGGUGGCUAUUUCGAGAACGGCGACCUGGUGCUGUACGGAUUCCGCUCCGACACGUUUUUCGUGUGGAACGAGACGCGGCAGGUCGAGCUGCUGCGCGAGACGUGCGGAGGGCCUCAUCGCCAGUGGAGCUUCCGGCGCGGCGGCCGCCACGGCCACCGGCUGUUCUACACGCGCAGCUCGAGCGUGCAUUUCCGGCAAACCGGCGCGCGCACCGCGCCGGAAACCCUGCGCACCGGGUUGCACGGGCGCGAAAUCCGGUCUGUGGCCGCGUGCAAGACCAGCACGGGGCACCUGCUUGUGACCGGGUCCGAGGACACCACGGUGCGCGUGUCGCGGCUCGCCGCCGACGGCAGCGUCGUCCCGCUCUGGUGCGAGCGCCAGCACGGCUCCGGCCUCCAGGCCGUCCAUUUCGUCAACAGCGAGUAUUUUGUCAGCUCCUCCGCCCGCGAAGAGGUGUAUCUGUGGAAACUGUGCGACGAGAAGUACGUGCGGCUGCAGCGCACGAUCCGGCCGCGCAGCAGCAACCCGGACACCAGGGUCAUGGACUUCGACGCCGUCGAGGUGCGCCAGCACGGCCGCGUCGCCGGCUUUCUGCUGGCUUCCGUGUACUCGGACUCGAGCGUGCGGCUGUGGUACUACAGCUACGAGGAGAACACGUUCCGGCUGGUUGUGGAGGACGUGUACGCGAGCUGCUGCGUGCUGCGCGUGCGGCUCGUGGUGCUCGACGCGGUCUACGUGGUGCUGGCGGCCACCAACGGGUGCCUUGCCGUGUACAGGGCGGGCGACGGCGACGGCGUGUUCGGCGUCUGUGGCGGUGCCGUCGAGCUUGUGGCGGUGCCGCCGCGUGCACAGAAAGUGCCCCGGCUGGAGCGGCUGCUGAUCAACCAGCAGGUCCACCAGUCGUCGAUCAAGGCGUUCGACGUUGCCGUCGACGGCCACACCGCGCUCGUCGUGACCGGCGGCGACGACAACGGCAUGGCGGUGUCGACGCUCGACUUUGCGGCCGUCGAGCUGGCCACCACGUACGUCGCCAGCACCGCCUCGUCGACGAUCACCGCCGUGGUGCUGUGUGGGGCGGGCCGCGUGCUCACCACGUCCGUGGACCAGAUGGUGCGCGUGUGGCGGGUGCCGCGGCUCGAGCUCGAGACCGAGCAGUACACCACGGUCGCCGACACCGGGUGUGCGUGCGUGGCUGGGGAGCUGGUGGUGGUCGGCGGAGCCGGGCUGGAGGUGUUCCAGGUAGACAUAGAGUAA